AUGAGUUCCCACGUCGGCCUUGAGAAUGUUCUCAACUUUCGCGACGUUGGCAAAACGGUGAACGACUUUCUGGGCACAAGGAGACUUAGAGAGGGCAUCUUUUACAGAUCUGCAAGAUUAGAUGAUGCUACACUCUUGGAUAGAAAGCUUAUUAGAGAUGGUCUUGGUAUCAAGACUGUAAUAGACUUGCGCACCAAAACUGAGCACCUCAACCGGGUCAAAAGGCGACAGGAGCAAUCCAAUAUUCCUGCUCUCGUCAAGUCCAACGCAGCUCUUGCAGAACCACUUCAUAUCUCGGGGCUGGAAUAUCAGGAGAUCAAGAUUACUGGUCGUCCCUUUGAGUUGUUUCUCCUACGACAACUCUCAUGGUGGGAUUUCUUUCACUUUUUGUUCCUCUUCCUUUGCGGCUACCGCAUGGAAGCCAUCAGCAUCCUUGGGCGACAGGUCAUGAUACCGCGAGGCCUUGUCGGCCUUGGUCUCGAUACCCUCGACCAGUCAACAAGAGAGAUCCGCGAGACUUUGUCUCUAUAUACGACCGAGACAACUCUGCCGUCUGUCGUUCACUGCACCCAAGGCAAAGACCGUACAGGUCUCGUCUGCACUCUGGUGUUGAUGAUCCUCGAUGUUCCGGUCUCCGCUAUUGAGCAUGAUUAUGCCCUCACCGAUGAAGCGCUUACCCCUGAGCGAGAGGAGCGCCUGGUUGAGAUCCGUCAGAUAGGACUCACUGAUGAAUGGGCUGACACAGCAAAGGACAUGAUUGUAAGGAUCGAGCAGCACCUCAACGAAAAAUAUGGGGGACUAGACGCCUAUCUGGACGGGAUAGGUUUCGGUGCCGACGAUAGAGCAAGGGUUCGUGACGCGUUGCUCUACUGA